ACACACAUAUUGCAUGCACAUGUGUGUGUAUAUGUGUGUGUGUGUUUGAACAAUAUCUUUGUAUAUAUCCUGUAAUUCCAUCGGAUGGAAUUCUGGUGACCAAGCUCUUUUCAGGAUGUUAAUUCUAAGUUUGUCGUUAAUAUUGCAGAUAUUUCAAGUGUUGGAGAGCUCCAGGAUAAAUUAUAUAGUUUCCGGUCGGAAGGUGGCCGAGUGUGAACAGCCGUACAUUGUCCAUUUGCUGAUAACAAAGACAAGCAAUGAGAACUUCAGGUGUGCUGGGACGAUCGUGGAUAACAGCCACAUAAUCACAGCUGCCCAUUGUAUCUCCAGUGAUGUGAAAUAUGUCUACGUUCUGUAUGGUUCAGUUUCAAAAUCAAAGUUUACGUCUCUGGUCAAAGUUUCCAACUACACUGUACACACGAUGUUCCAGAAGAUGGACGACAACAUCUUGAACGACAUUGGCCUCCUGACCCUCAGCACACCCCUGCAGUUCAAUAAAUGCCUACAACCUCUCCAGUUAGCCACAGCUUGUGAGAAAUAUCAAGGAGACUGUCUCAUCUCAGGAUGGGGGAAAACAAGCAUGUUUGGUGAAGAGCCAGAUACUCUCCAGACGGCAGAAGUACCACUGAUGGACCAAAGCAAAUGUGCAGCUUAUUUGGCAAUCAAGGAACAGCAGAUAUGUGCUGGUACAGAGAAAGCCAACGGUGGAGCUAUUUGUGGGGGAGACUCUGGAGGUCCGCUAGUUUGUACAAGUGCUAAAGACGGCAGCAAGGUCCUUGUGGGUAUUGCAUCUUUUGGCUGGACCUGUACCGAAGGGGUAUCAGUUUUCACACGAGUCUCAUAUUUCAAAGACUGGAUUAUAACCAAUUUGAGAUCUUAGAAUUAAGUUGGAUUUCAAACCAUGUUGAACUACUUGUUUCAUUUUGGACAACAACAACAACAAUAACAAUGGUUUUAAAUUUUUCCACAAGAGUAGCCAUUUUGUGGGAGGGAAUGAGUCAAUUACAUCGACCCUGAAAGGAUGAAAGGCAAAGUCGACCUUGGCGGAAUUUG